CUUAACGCGCAAACCAUAGCUACCUUGAGCAACCUUAACAAAUAUCAACUUCUUUCCCGCCAUCAACGAUUAUCACCACUUUCGACUUUACAAUCGUCAUCUGCUAACAUUCCGAACCUCAAAUUUAUCAUACCUCUUAAAAUAAACCUUGCGCAUAUUUGCCUAACAGCAACCCAUCUAUCAAGAUGGUUCUCGAAGCAGUAAUGGUUGUAGUAGACAACAGUGAAAGCAGUCGAAAUGGAGAUUACACACCAACACGUUUUGAAGCACAAGCCGAUGCUGUUUCAUGGAUCUUUUCUACCAUUACUCAAGCCAAUCCUGAAUCGUCAGUUGGUUUAAUGUCUAUGGGAGGUAAAGGACCAGAGGUUCUUGUUACUUUAACGACUGAUCAUGGAAAGAUCUUGGAUGGAUUACAUCGCACUAAGACCAAGAUUCGUGGAGUUAGUCAUUUAGCUACUGGUAUUCAAAUUGCUGGGGUACGUUAUUGUUAUUUUUACCUAUUUACUUCUAUUCAGACAUGCAGCUUGGGACAAAUUCUAACAUUGAAAUUCUAGUUGGCACUCAAACAUCGACAAAACAAAUCCCAACGUCAACGUAUAAUCGUUUUUACCUGUUCUCCAAUUUCAGAGGAUGAGAAAUCACUUGUUAAACUCGCCAAAAAGAUGAAGAAGAAUAACGUCUCGAUUGAUUUCGUUGUAUUUGGAGAACUCGAUGAUGAUGUCACUCAAAAAUUGACGGCCUUCAAUGAAAAUGUAAAGGGAGGUGAUGGAUCACAUUUGGCUAUAAUUCCACCAGGACCAGCACUUCUCAGUGAUCAAUUAAUGACUUCACCAAUUUUGCAUGGGGAUGGAGCUUCAGGAGCAGGUGGUAUGGGAGGAGCAGAUGCUGGUGGUGAUAGUAGCGCAUUUGAAUUUGGUAUCGAUCCAAGUGUGGACCCAGAGUUGGCAUUGGCAUUGAGAAUGAGUAUGGAGGAUGAGAAAGCCAGAGUUGAGAAGAAUGAAAAGACAAGGCUUGAGAAGGAAGCAGCAGAGCAAUCUGCUUUAGGAGAAAUUAAGGAAGAGGAUGAGGCAUCUGCACCUCUAUUGAAUAAGGAUGGGGAAGCUAGUGGGAGUGGGGAUAAGAAAGAUGAUGAUGAUGAUAAAAUGGACACGGCUUAGAUUCGAAUGGUGAUAUAGGUUGGGGAAAUGGAUUGAUAAUUGAGUGGAUGGUUGGGGCUGCAUGGCAAACUGGCGUUUGGUAUGUACCAAUAGAUAUCAUAAACAAUGGUAUUUGGCUCUUUGUGAACAAAUUAUUUC